UAAAUUCUACAUUUGGUAUCCCUGCGAAAAAGGCAUGCUGUCUUAAAACGGCAAUAAAAUGAAAUAAAACUGAGGUGCAAAAAAAUUUUAUUUAACUAUACAGCAUUUAGGUAGUGCAAAAUAUCCAAAUUAAUAAAUUAGUUAAAUAUUUGAUGACAUGCUGGCACUAUGUUUAAUAUUAUUUUUAUAGACUAAACUAUAAAGCAAGUUUUAUAUUGAUGUUGACUUUUUACUGUGAGAAAUACAAUUUCUGAUACAAUUGUUCUAGUGGUUCGUUGAACAAGGUGUUUAUUUCCGACAUCACAUGUACAAAGCGGUUAAAGCUAAAGUGAAAAACAUCGAAAAAUUACAAUAUACUCCGAUUAAUUGCCGAACCUAACCUCAAACUUGAUCUUUUAAGACUGAAAGGAAAUGUCAUUUAUGUCAGUAUAAACUAGCUAUAUUACGGAUUCUUUAAAUCUUCUUAAUCUUUUAUAUAACUUACGUUGUUGCUGCGUGUUAAAAGAGGGAUGCCACGCAGCAAGCGUAGAGCGCCCUCUAGCACAAAUCAUCAUACGACUAUUGAAAUGUCACCUAGUGCCCAUGAGGAGGGUAUAUCAAGGCACCCAUCAAAAAGACUUAGACAUACAUCUAGUGCAAGACGUUAUACAAAAACAGAAGAUGUUUCUACCACUUCAUCUUUUUCCCAAAAACGUUGUAUCACAUGGUUUAGGGAAUACACAACACCUGAUGAUUCAGAUACUCUUGGACCUGAAGGAAUGGAAAAAUUUUGUGAGGAUAUAGGUGUAGAACCUGAAAAUGUAGUAAUGCUUGUUCUUGCAUAUAAAAUGAAUGCUCGACAAAUGGGUUUUUUCACACUCAGUGAAUGGUUAAAAGGCCUUUCAGACUUGCAGUGUGAUUCUAUUAGUAAAAUACAACAAAAACUUGAGUACCUAAGGAAUCAAUUAAAUGAUCCACAUACAUUUAAGGGAAUUUACAGAUAUGCUUAUGAUUUUGCUAGAGACAAAGAUCAAAGAAGUAUGGAUAUGGAAACAGCAAGAGUUAUGUUACAAUUACUUUUGGGAAAACAUUGGCCAUUAUUCACCCAAUUUGCUCAGUUCCUAGAUCAAUCGAAGUACAAAGUGAUUAAAGAUCAGUGGUGCAACAUUUUAGAAUUUUCUCGUACAAUCAAUCACGAUUUAUCUAAUUAUGAUUUAGAUGGAGCAUGGCCAGUAAUGCUUGAUGAAUUUGUUGAAUGGUUAAAAAUACAGCGAGGUGAAGAAGCAUCUUCAACAGAAACUAGAGGCAGCUGAAACAUUCAAUAAUAAUAGUCUACUAAAAUAAAAAAACACUCAUUUGUCUUGUCAUAUUUUGUUAAUAAGAAAAUUUCUGUUUCUAUCAUAACCUCGCAACAUUUCAGUUAUCAUCAUUCGUACUAUGUUUUUAUUAAUCAAUAAGAAUGUAAGUAGCCUAUCUUAAUAUGAUUCUGUGUUCUAAA